AUGGAUACCGGCAAUGUUGAGAAGAAGCUGGCGACGACGCCUACGCCAUCGAUCUACGAGGGUCAAGCCUUGCAGCAACAACAAACUGGAGGCCUUCAUCGCCGUGUGGGAGGUCGCCAGAUUCAACUAUUCACCAUCGGAGGCUCCAUCGGCACAGCCCUUUUCAUUUCGAUCGGGACCGCUCUUUUCAAGGCCGGGCCUGGUAGCCUCCUUCUGUCCUUCUUCACCUACUGCUGCGUUAUUGCACUGGUUAACAACUGCAUUGCCGAAAUGACAGUUUUGAUGCUUGUUAGUGGUGGCUUCGUCCGUUUGGCAUGUAACUGGGUCGAUGAAGCUUUGGGCUUUGCGGCCGGCAUCAACUUCUUUCUCUACGAAGCCAUUUCCAUCCCGUUCGAGAUCACCGCCCUCAAUUCAACCCUCAAAUUCUGGCGCGAUGAUAUCCCCGUCGCGGCAGUUUGUGCGGCAUGCAUUGUUAUCUAUGCUGCUCUUAAUCUUAGUGCCGUGAAGUACUACAGCGAGUCCGAGUUCUGGCUAUCGAGCGGCAAGGUCAUCUUGAUUAUCAUUCUGACAUGCUUCACAUUCGUCACAAUGGUUGGUGGAAAUCCAAAACACGAUGCCUAUGGCUUUCGAUACUGGAAAGAUCCUGGCGCAUUUGCAGAAUGGAGAUCCACUGGCAAUCUGGGACGUUUCGAAGGCUUUCUCGCCGCAUUAUUCUUUGCGCCACUACCGAUCGUCGGACCCGAAUACAUCUCCAUGAUUACUGGUGAAGCGAUCCGCCCCCGAGUCAACAUCAAGAAGGCAUUCAAAACCACAUACUACCGUCUCGCGUACUUCUUCUUGGGAGGCGCCAUCUGUGUGGGAAUCGUGGUACCUCACAACGACCCAACAUUGAGAGCCAUCGUCAACGGCGAAAAGGAAAGUGGCAGCGGUGCUGCUUCUCCGUACGUUAUCGCCAUGACAAACCUAGGCGUCGGAGUCCUACCUCACCUAGUCAAUGCCCUCAUCCUCUCGAGCGUCUUUGCGGCCGGUAACACCGGUGCAACGGUAUUGGACUGGUUGGUCAAUAUUCUGACUAGCGGCGGCCUCGUCAACUUCAUUGUUAUGUGCAUCGUGUACUUACGCUUUUACAAGGCAUGCGAGGCUCAAGGCGUAGAUCGUACGACUUUGCCCUAUCGCGCUUGGUUCCAGCCCUACAGCGCCUGGAUAGCCUUGUUCAUGUUUUGCAGCAUCGCGAUUUGCAGUGGCUAUACGACCUUUUUCGGCGACUUCUCAGCUGCCACAUUCCUUACUAGAUACACUAUGGUCUUGUUCGCGCCUGUAUCGUACUGUGGCUGGAAGCUGAUCAAGAGAACGCGCAUCAUUCCAGCCAAGGAGGUAGAUCUGGUCUGGGAACGUCCUGAGAUCGACGCGUAUGAGGCAAGUCUUGAAGAGGAGAAAUCUUCGGUCGUCAGUGCUGUGAGAAAUAUGCUUUUUGGGGGUUGGAAGAAGGGAGAUGAGAAGGACAGGGAAUCGCAAGGUUAG